AUUUGUCAUUUGCGCGCGGCAUGGGAAUAUUGAAGAUAACAGUAUUAUAAAUUAUAAUUAUUAAUAUUUCCUUACUUAGGUAAUCAUAUUUUCUUGUAAAAUGUCGAUGAUUUGACUUGUAAAUUAAAUGCUUACAGAAGGGAUUUAGAAUUCGUUACAUUCUUAAUUUAUUUAUAUCUUCUAGCCCACAUUUUCGGCAUGUCUCUCAACAACAGUUCAUCCCUACUACAACGCACAAUAGACUUAAAUUAUGCGAACAAAAAGCGGGUUAAGUCUUUCAAAUGGAUUUGUGUAAAUGCCACUUUUUUGGUGAUAUUUACGUACGAUUUAUCAUGCAAGUGCCCCGGGUAUACGUCAAUGUUCCACUAUUUGGAGCUGGUGUGUGCGGGCGUGCUGGCCGCCAACCUCGUGCAGCACGCGCUGCAGCUGCUGCCGCGCCGCGCCGCCGCUCUGCCGCUCUCGCGCAAGCAGCAGCGCCUGCUCGGCCUCACUGACACUGAUCUAGACUCAUCAUUCAUAUUGGCUGAAAACAGUCCCGCGCAGUUGCCACAGAAUGCGAGCGAAGAGAGCGCGUGGUCGGUGUCGGACGCUGAACUGUCUCUGUCGCCACGUUCUUGGCGCCCACCGUCCCCCUCGCCCCCUUCCCCCCACUCUUCGCUCUCCCCCCAUUCUCCCCAAUCCCCACAUUCUCCCCAUUCUCCCCAUUCUCCACACACGCCACCGUCGCCGCAAGUUACUCCACCACAUUCAUCAUCAUUCUCUGAAAGAAGUCGAGAUUAUUUCAUCGCCGACAGGAAUUCACUAACAGAAUAUCUCAAACAGUAUGAGGAGCGCGCGCUGCUGGAGGCGGGCGGCGCGGGGGCGCGCGCGGGCGCGGCGGGGCCCGCGGGGGCGCUGGCCGCGGGGGCGCUGGGCGCGGGCGCCGCGUGGGGCGCGCCGCCGCCGCACUACCAGCUUGCCAGCGUCGAUACAGCAAAUAGUAUGAAAUCUGAAGAAGGAUCACCGCAAGGUUCUCCGCAGGUGUGGUGGCAACUCGAUCUGGAUCCUCAGCGCCUCACACAGUUCAACCUCAAUCUGCGAUUGUGGAUCCACGUGACCAUCCUGGAGCGGCUGGUGCGCGAGUUGCAGCGCGUGGACGCGGCGCUGGGCGCGGGCGGGGCGGGGCGCGAGGGCGCCGGCGGGGGCGCGGCGGAGGGCGCGGGCGGGGGCGCCGGCCGCGUGCCGCCCGAGCGCCUGCGCGCGCUGGCCCGCGACGUGCCCGCGCUGGCGGCGCUGCUGCCCUUCCUCGAGCCCUUCCCCGACCAGCGCUACCUCGUGCGCCGCAUCCGGGAGUUGGCUGCGGGUGGCUGCAUGAGCGCCUACAAGUGGAACGGCGGUGGCGCCGACUGGGACGAGUCCAAGCCCACCGAUGCCGAACUCGUUCUGCAUCUCGUGGCCACCUACUUGGACAUACAGACGAGCGGCGGCAUGAACGGCGCGGUGGGCGGGCGCUCGUUCAGCUCGGAGUACCUGUCGCUGGAGGGCGGGGCGGGCGGCGCGGGCGGGGCGGGGCGGCUCGCCAUCGUGCGGCUGGCGCGCGCGCCGCCGCACUACGCGCUGGAGGCGGGCGAGCAGCGGCUGCAGCUGCCGCGCGGGCGCAGCAACCUGCUGCUGGCGCUGCUGUGCCUGCUGGCCGCGGCCGCGCGCCGCCAGCCGCCCGCGCUGGCGCGCACGCACCUCGGGCCCGCCGGCCUCAACAUGCUGUGGAUCAUCGGCCGCUGACCCCCUCUUGUCAUUUUGUGCUCGUAGUAUUAAGCUCUAAUUGGAAUUUGACAAUAAAGUGAUGCACUUUUUGUGAACUGGUGUCUCUUGACUUGAGUUUUCUUUUACUUGAAUGACUAUUCAUAUGUUUAAACACUCAAACUGUGAAAUGUUGAAUUUAAAUUUAUAGGAAAUCUUAUAAUAGUACUAGCUACACGUCCCGGCUCCGCCCGGGUAAUCAUUUAUUGUAAUUGAAAUAAUAUAAACUAUCUCAUCUUUUAAGUUUGAUCAAAAAUACGAUUAGAAUGAUAUAGGCUAAGUUAGUAGUUUACGGACUCCAUCGCGGACAAACGUGACACGUAAUAAUUCAUACACACAUGUUUGCCAGAUCACUUGGUUCUCGUAAUUUUAAUAUGUACUAACUAUUGAGGUUCUGUAUAUGUACUGCUGUCUGUAUCCUUACAAAUAAAUAUUAAUUGUAUUUGG